GAAGCAUGGACAUUCGCAACAAUCUGACCCGGCUGAACAUGCUUGAGAACUGCACUGUGAUUGAGGGCCACUUGCAAAUAUUGCUGAUGUUUAAAACCAAGCCUGAAGAUUUCCGUGAGCUCAGCUUUCCUAAACUGACUAUGAUUACAGACUACUUGCUUCUUUUUCGCGUCUAUGGCCUGGAGAGUUUAAAGGGACUUUUCCCCAACCUCACUGUGAUUCGAGGAACUCAUCUGUUUUUUAACUACGCACUAGUCAUUUUUGAGAUGGUUCACCUGAAAGAGAUCGGCCUCUAUAACCUGAUGAACAUCACUCGAGGCGCUGUGCGGAUUGAGAAGAACAACGAAUUAUGUUACUUGUCCACCAUCGACUGGUCAAGGAUUUUGGAUUCUGUAGAAGAUAAUUACAUCGUGGCCAACAAGGAUGACAAAGAAGAGUGUGGAGAUGUGUGUCCAGGAACUGUGAAAGGGAAGAGCAACUGUCCGCCUACGGUGAUAAAUGGCAUUUUCAUUGAACGGUGCUGGACCCACGAUCGCUGUCAGAGAGUUUGUCCACCUGCCUGCAAGUCCCAAGGCUGCACCUCUGAUGGUCAGUGCUGUCACAGCGAAUGUCUUGGGGACUGCACGGAGCCGAAUGACCCUGAAAAAUGCGUGGCUUGCCGCAACUUCUACCUUGAAGGCAAAUGUGUGGACACCUGCCCGCCCGGUUACUAUCGCUUUGAGGGAUGGCGUUGUGUGACCUUCAGCUUCUGCCAGGAACUGCACAACAAAUGCAAAAAUGCCAGGGAGUCGGGGUGUCAUGUUAUCCACAAUAACGAGUGUGUUCAUGAAUGCCCAUCAGGGUAUAUCAUGAAUUCCAGCAACUUGCACUGUACACCCUGCGCAGGGCCCUGUCCAAAGGUUUGUGACUAUGGGAAAGAGAAGACGAUUGAUUCAGUAACAUCGGCACAGGAGCUCCGUGGCUGCACAGUUGUUAAUGGGAGCUUGGUUAUAAAUAUCCGUGGAGGAAAUAACAUAGCAGCUGAGCUAGAAGCGAAUCUUGGCUUGAUAGAAGAAAUCUCAGGUUACCUAAAAAUUCGCCGGUCUUACGCCUUGGUUUCCCUUUCCUUUUUUCGUAAACUACAUCUGAUUAGAGGAGAAACACUAGAAGCUGGGAAUUAUUCAUUUUAUGCCUUGGACAACCAGAAUCUUCGCCAGCUCUGGGACUGGAGCAAACACAACCUCACUAUUGCACGAGGCAAACUCUUCUUUCAUUAUAAUCCCAAACUGUGUUUGUCGGAAAUCCACAAGAUGGAGGAGAUCUCUGGGACUAAGGGACGUCAGGAGAGGAACGACAUAGCCCUGAAGACGAAUGGUGAUCAAGCCUCAUGUGAAAAUGAAUUGCUGAAGUUUUCUUCCAUUAGAACAUCUCAUGACAAGAUCCUGUUGAAGUGGGAGCCAUACUGGCCUCCCGAUUUCCGUGAUCUCCUGGGAUUUAUGCUUUUUUACAAAGAAGCCCCAUACCAAAAUGUGACGGAGUUUGAUGGCCAAGACGCUUGUGGGUCAAAUAGCUGGACAGUUGUGGAUGUUGACCCACCCCCACGGUCAAAUGAGCCCAAAGCUCAGGCCCAGCCAGGCUGGCUUCUGAGGGGCUUGAAGCCUUGGACACAGUAUGCUGUAUUUGUUAAAACUCUGGUCACCUUCUCAGAUGAACGAAGAACAUACGGUGCAAAGAGUGAAAUCAUCUAUGUCCAGACCAACGCUACUGUUCCGUCAGUCCCGUUAGAUCCAAUAUCUGUUUCCAACUCUUCAUCCCAAAUCAUUCUGAAGUGGAAGCCACCCUCGGAGCCCAAUGGAAACAUCACGCACUACCUGGUGUACUGGCAGCAGCAGGCAGAAGACAGUGAGCUCUAUGAACUUGAUUACUGCUUGAAAGGAUUAAAACUGCCCUCAAGGACGUGGUCUCCUCCUCUUGAACCCGAAGACCCUCAGAAGUAUAAUCAAAGUGAAAACGAGGAUGUGAGCGGAGAAUGUUGUUCCUGUCCUAAAACAGACUCUCAAAUACAAAAGGAGCUGGAAGAGUCUGCGUUCCGCAAGACAUUUGAGAAUUAUCUUCACAAUGAGGUUUUUGUCCCCAGGCCAUCAAGAAAACGAAGAGACCUUGGCUCUGUAGCAAAUGCCACUGUGGUGAUACCCACCCUCGCAUCCUCUCCAAACAAUUCUGCAGCAGCAUCUGAGAAUGCAGAGGAGCAGAAACCUUUUGAAAAAGUUAAGUCUAAGGAGUCUUUGGUUAUCUCAGGCCUGCGGCAUUUCACCGGUUACCGCAUUGAGCUCCACGCUUGCAACCACGAUGCUCAGGAAUCCCGAUGCAGCGUUGCAGCUUAUGUCAGUGCCAGGACCAUGCCAGAAGCUAAGGCUGAUGACAUCGUUGGUCCUGUUACCCACGAACUGGUUGAAAAAAACACCGUGCAUUUGAAGUGGCAAGAACCAAAGGAGCCAAAUGGUCUUAUUGUGCUGUAUGAAGUGAACUAUGGACGUCUCGGGGAGACGGAGGAAGCACACUACUGCGUUUCCCGUAAGCAUUUUGCCAGUGAGCAGGGCUGUAAACUCCGUGGACUGCAGCCUGGAAACUACAGUGUCCGUAUACGAGCUACAUCACUGGCUGGAAAUGGCUCAUGGACAGAACCCACCUAUUUUUAUGUGGCCGAUUACUUGAAUGCUCAGCCUAACAUUGCUGUUAUAAUUGUUCCAAUUAUUUUUGCCAUAAUAAUUGCUGGAAUUAUCGGAGCUGCUUACGUGCUGGUGAAAAAGAGACAAACCGAAGGACCAACCGGACCACUCUACGCAUCCUCUAACCCCGAAUAUCUCAGCGCCAGUGAUGUCUAUGUCCCCGACGAAUGGGAGGUUCCACGAGACAAGAUCACUCUCCUCCGAGAGUUGGGACAGGGCUCCUUCGGCAUGGUGUACGAAGGGAUCGCCAAGGAUAUAGUGAAGGGGGAGCCGGAGACUCGCGUAGCUGUGAAAACCGUUAACGAAUCAGCCAGCCUCCGCGAGCGCAUCGAGUUCUUAAAUGAAGCUUCUGUGAUGAAAGGGUUCAGCUGCCAUCAUGUGGUUCGCCUCCUCGGGGUGGUCUCAAAAGGGCAGCCUACUCUGGUGGUCAUGGAAUUAAUGGCACAUGGAGAUUUGAAAAGUUACCUUCGCUCUUUGAGACCUGAUGCUGAGAAUAACCCUGGUCGUCCGCCGCCAACUCUGAGAGAGAUGAUCCAGAUGGCUGCAGAGAUCGCUGAUGGCAUGGCCUAUCUGAACGCCAAAAAAUUUGUUCACAGAGAUCUUGCGGCUCGUAACUGUAUGGUUGCAGAAGACUUCACUGUGAAAAUUGGAGACUUUGGCAUGACCAGAGAUAUCUAUGAGACGGAUUAUUACCGUAAAGGAGGCAAAGGACUGCUGCCGGUGCGGUGGAUGGCACCCGAAUCAUUAAAGGACGGGGUUUUCACUGCUUAUUCCGAUGUGUGGUCAUUUGGUGUUGUACUCUGGGAAAUAAGCAGUUUGGCAGAGCAGCCGUACCAGGGACUCUCCAACGAACAGGUGCUAAAGUUUGUAAUGGAUGGAGGAUACCUGGAUCAGCCGGACAACUGCCCAGAGAGGCUGCACAGCCUGAUGCAGAUGUGCUGGCAGUACAACCCUAAAAUGCGCCCCACCUUCAUCGAGAUCAUCGAGAUGCUGAAGGAGGACUUGCACCCCAGCUUCCAUGAGGUCUCGUUCUUCUACAGUGAGGAGAACAAACCUCUGGAGACAGAGGAGUACGAGAUGGACUUUGAGAACAUGGAGAGCAUUCCCCUCGAUCCCUCCUCGUACUCGCAGAGGGACAAAGUCCUGGGGCGGGACAAUGGACCCUCCAUGGCCCUCAAGGGGAACUAUGAAGAGCACAUACCUUACACUCACAUGAACGGUGGCAAGAAAAACGGGCGGAUUCUCUCCAUGCCCAGGUCAAGUCCUUCCUAACGCUUCCUGUUUGGCCCAAGGGUUGUGUCUGCUUUUUUUCCCCUCCACAAAUCUCAGGACUCUUGUUAUUGCUGCCACAGUGUAUGACACACAUCUACAGACUCUUCAGAUUUUUAAUCAUCUUAUGAUUAAUACCUUUUUUUUUUUUUGCCAAGUUGACUGGUUGUCAGUGGACUUAUCUGUGAACAUAAAUGGAAGAGGUUUCCAUGGCUGCUGUCCCUUCUGUAACCAUGGUUUCAAAACAGGAAGCGACCGUGUGAGUUAAACUGAAGGAGGAGCAUCCACGUUUGCCAACAAAAGACGUGAAAUUUUCUGGUAUCUGAGCUACAGCGUAACGGUGCGGAACAAAACUUCUGCAGGACAAAAGCAUUUCCAGUAGAAUUCCAGGCUUUCAGGCAUACUCUUCACUACGGCUGAAGGAUUCAACACAUCAGUCGGACGCGCCAGAUCCUCAGAUUGACCAAUAGCUGCUGCUUUCAUACUUUUUAAAUGGGUUAAAUCCCAGGGGUGCGUGCGUGUGUGUGUGUGCGCGUGUGUGCAGUAUAUAUAUGUGGGGUGUAUAUGUAUAGCAAAAUAUACACUUCUUUUUUUUGUACAUAAGUUUUGUAUGUUCUCACAGAAGCUUUCCUCUUCUUGGAAGUGUGUACUUAUCUUUUUUUUCCCAUUUCCCUGGAGUGACUGAAUCCUAAACAGAUUAUUUUUAUACUAAGGACUCUUGGGAGUAGGUUUUCUCUCAUUAACAAAUGAGGAAAAUGUGCUGGGAGCCAAAGGAGCAGAAAUCUGAGAUUUGUGGGUACUUUCAAGACCAAACGAAGUAGGAGUCCCCUGACCUGAGACGCAGAGUUUUUUGUCCUUACAGUGUUGAGUAUAUAUAUUGUUUGUUGUAACAUAUUUAAAAAUGUCUUUAGUUUAAAUUUUAACUUCAUAUAAAUUAUUGACUGUUUAUGAUCCUUUUGGGGAGGGGAGAAUUUGGGGGAUUGUUUGGUCUUAAAGUGGUCCAAAGAUUUCAGAAUGAACUAAUUUUAGCCAAUUACCCUUUCAGGAGCUGUGAGGCGCGUGUUAAGUUUAUACUUGAUGUGGCUUUAUAAUAGUUUCAUGAUUUAUACAGUGCGGUCAGCUGGCUCCAGUCGAAGCCUUGAGAUAAAGUAGCUGGGACUUCACUUGGUUGUUGGGGGCUGAAGGACACCAGAACAUCCCGGUCCCGAGUCCUGCUACUCCUUUGUCCCCGCAUCCCUUGCUUUGCCUUCUGUGCACACUUGUGCUGCAGAAGCAGCCGGAAAGAGAGGACGAGUAAGAACUCUAACCGAAAAAAAAAAGAGACACUAAAGCCAAGCUAAAGGGAGGAGAGCGCAAGGCUCUUGGCUCUGCACGUGAAGCAGAAGCUGAAUGUGACUGUGGUGAGCUACCUGCUGCCUGUCUGCUGCUGCUCGGGCGCCUGGCCUCGUGCUGCCUGCAGGCCUUCGAUGUUUUCCUGAGAUACCGCGCUGUGUCCUGCACACUUCCCGGGACGCGUGCGUUAGCCACUGCUUUCAGCUCUUCGGGAUGUCAACUUUUCGUCUUCUGGACUGUGCUUUGUUUUGCUGCUGUUUGCAUAAAAGACAGAGCUGAUCAGCAUAAGAUGUUUAGAAAAUUAAUUGUGCAACUAAACGUGUCGCGUAGUGAUGAAGGGAGUGUGCUGGCAGGGAGAAGUGCUAAAGCAAGAAAUGAAGAUUCUCGAUGUUGCAGGCCCUUGUCAUACAGGAGGUGCUUGUAGAAGGGGAGAGAGAUGCUCGGUCCUCCACUUCUCCUCCUGGAGAAGUCCCAAGAGCCAGGUUCUGCCCUCUGCCAGGAGCAAACGAGGUUCUGACUCAGUGAGAGUGGGGACGCCAAGCUGGGGGUGUGAGUUCUUAUUCCAGCCCGGGCAGCGCUGCUGAUUUCUCCAUGUAGUGAAAGGAAAGGGGCUGGCAUUCGCAGGGGAGCGCCUCUCCGAGCCGGCUCCGCUCGGCCACGCUGUAGCUGAAGCGGUUGGUGCAACAGCGGGGGAGGACGGCGGACUCUGAGCACCACCACGAGCUGUCGGCCCUUUGCGCUGGUCGAAUUGGGUCAGUUCGGACGGAGGUGGAGGGUGCAGGUUGCUCACAAAGUUAGGUGGGAAAUAGACGGUCCAGCCGUGGGUGAGAACCUUCGAUUUCAAAAGGCCUCGUUUACAGUUCUUCUGCUUUACAAAGUAGUAACUGUUCAGCAGCUCUAUGCUACACUGCAGGAAAGAAGACAUAUUCUCACACUUUUCUAAGGAAGAGAAGUUUUUCUUAUUAGAAUUUUUUUAUUUAUUUUAAUAUAUAAAACACUGUAAAAAAAAAAAACCAACAAACAAUUUGUUUUCUUAAACACACAGACCGUGUAAAUUUGUAUCCAUAAAAUCUUGGCAAGUGGAUGUAGUGGGAUUAUUUUUGUCCUGUUCUGGUGCAGUCUACCUCAGUGUUUCUUAAGGAUAUUUUUACUACUACGCACCUCUAAACCUGUUUAAAUAUUCUGGUCUGGACCUAUUGUGGACCAGGGAAAAUCAAUAUCAGCAGAUUCCAAUACUAGGGACCAUUCACUGAAGGGAAUGGGUAGGAGAAUGGCUCGUCACUGUUUGUCGCUAAUCUGAGCAGUAGUGACCAAAGGAACUGAUUGACAAAUUUGGAUCGGAUACUCUGGGAGCAUCCUCUUUGUUCUGCUGUGAUUAAAAGAAAAAAAAAA